AUGGCGCGGGGUGGUCAGAUGAUCAAUGCUGGAGUGUUUCUAUCAUACAAUAGCCGUACGAUGAAUACCGGAACACUCAAUGAGAGCUUUGCCCGCAACAACGGCGAGGGAAGAAAGCUGCUAUUUCCUAGCCUCAGUGCAAUGCAGUUUUCGGUAGCAACUAGUUCUGGAGGACCAUUCUUUACACCGAGAAAAGUUUAUCCGUACCGACGUGCAGGUUUCAACCUGGGAUUUCAGGCUAACUACGCCUUACCGUAUCGUUUGCAGGAUUUUUACAAGUAUCCUACCUGGGCGCGUGCAAUAGUGGACAUCGUGAAAGGGCGAUUUAUGCCUACCGAAGUAGUUACCGCAAGAGCCGCCCGUAAACGCCGUACCAGUAGUCGCUUAAGCGCCGGAGAAAUUUAUCACGCUUUAGACGAGACUUUGCGGUAUUCUGGCUACGACGCAGAUUGCCUGAUCAAAAGUGUCUGCGAGCUGGCACAUAGUCCAUUUCACGAUGUUGAGAAUGAUUUGUAUGCAGAAAUAUUACAGUUUAUUUUGACGCCGUCUGAGCAUCAAUCAUUUGAGCCGCAUGAACGUGCGUUGAAAACGAAAUAUGAAGCUGCGGAGCGAUUGGGCAGAGAAGGGGCGGAUUGUCAUCUGUUGUAUCCGAAAUGUCAGAGGUCAUUUCUAAGUCAUGUCACAGAGUUUGUUGAUGAUAACAUAAGUAAUCUGAUAUAA